UCGCCCACCAUGCGCGUUCUUCUAUGGUCUGCAUACGCAGUGUCCUUUGUAGCGACGGCCGGGGUAUUCAAUCCUAGAGACUACAAGAAGAGCACUGCUACAUGCUCCGCCGUCUAUCGCGGCAACAAUGAGGAACAGGACACGACCAUCACGCUCAGUUAUGUGGAUGUCAAUCCUGGAACCAAACCGACCAUACUCAUGGUGCAUGGAUGGCCCAGUCUAUGGAGUACUUGGUCGAGUCAAAUUACUGAGUUCCAUAACAACUACCGGCUCAUUGCACCGGAUCUACGCGGCUUCGGAGGCUCUACGCACCCUGGAGACGCGCGAAAAUCAGGAAGCAUGCCGGACAUGGUGGGAGAUAUGGUAUGCGUCUUGCAGCGCGCCGGCGUGUCUUCAGCGGUGUGCAUGGGACACGACUGGGGUGCUCAAGUUUGCUACGAAGCAGCGCGUAUGCGGCCCGAUCUGUUCACGGGGGUCAUCGGAGUUGCGAUCCCGUACUUGCCGGCUGCAGGCGACUUUGUCCCUACGCAGCAUCUUGCUGUCGCCCUUCCGAAGCUCAGCUACCAGCUUUUCUUCAACGAUCAUACUACCAAAGCGGUGAAACAACUCGACCAGGAUAUCCGACGUACUGUCCGUGCCAUCCUCCGGGACACGGCAUCACCACCUCCCGACGCGUUCUUGGGAAGCAAAGACUCAUUCCUGGAGGCAUGGGACGGGGUUCAAGAUAUCCCGCCUGUGCCGUUCUUCUCGCCCGAGGAGGAAGACUACUUUGUCGAGCAGUAUAGCAUACAGGGGUUCAAAAAUACCUUACAGUUCUACAUGGAGGAGAACCGGAAAGGGUCUUGGACAUUUGCUCAUGAGCAGGGAAAUCACACGAUCCCACAGCCUGUGCUGUCGAUCCUCCCAAGACAUGAUCCCGUUGCUGACUGGGCCUUGGCAUUGAAGAUCCUCAAGUCCGAACAGUUCCUGCCCAAUGGGCAUGUCGAGUUCAUGGAUGGUUCGCACUGGUGCCACAUGGAAUAUCCGGAGGUGUACAAUGCAUUUGCGAGACAGUGGCUAGACCAACAUUUCAGAGAAAAGAACGCGGGACACGAUGAGCUAUGAGCCGGAUAAGAUGCAUGUGAUACUUAUGCCCUCAAGUAUGUCCGGGGAUAAAUUGACUGGACUUCUCAACCCGCCGAAUUUUACACUCACUCACUCACUACGCACCGGAGAUCAUGGGAAGCAUGAGAUCCGGGUAUUAUUACCAGGGGAAAAAAGAAGACAUCGGGGACAGGAAGGCGCGCAGGGUCGUGCAGUGAUCUCCUGACACACCGCAAGUGUGCUGUAUGCGGUCCCAGCAGGACAGGAUUGAUGCCUCACACCAUCACCGCGAACGAUACAAUUAUAAGCGAGCGGAUGAUGAAAAUGGCUAAGGCAACCGAGGUGGACUGUACAAACUAGGGCCGCGGUCGGUCUUGUUCGGGUCAUCCUGAUACAAUUCACCUUCCCGCCUCUUCACAAACCCGCAAUGUUUGUGGAGUCCCUGCACUCUUAUCUUUCAGUUACCUGCGCUCCCUGGAAACACAGUAGGUCUUCGGCGAGUCAUGAUAAGCGGCAGUUCAAGUUUGAUUUGCCUUGUUCAUGACCAAGAUAAUCCAACCAUCAUGCUGCUGCGCUACUUCCGAUGUGUUGCUCUCAUCUCGGAAGGGGGUAUACCAUUCGCGUUUAUUUUUCCCUGACACUGUUAUACACUGGCCUCACUUAUCGAUAUGUGACUCAUCAAAAAUGAUCACGUGAUCUAUUUAAUUGCUUCCAUCUUGAUUUUUACGAUCGUUACAACCCGUGUCUUUGUCACAUGAGCUCUGAAUUUGAAAUGUUAGUACAA